AUGGAGGACGCCCAGCCCCAGGCGGCCGAGCCGCCGUGGUCGCAGGGCGGCAAUGGGGGCGAGCCAGGCCAUGGCAAGCCCCCGUCAGCGCCGCCAGCUCCAGUCCUCGAUGACAAACAGAUGGAGUCCUGGGUGCUAGUGGCGUCGGACCAGUUCGAGCUGCUGGCGGGGGUCCUCACCGGAAGCCAACGGGACAAGAUCCUAUACCGACGCCGCCUGCGAGCAGCAGGCAUGGAAGAUCCCAAAUCAGCCAAGCAGCAGAGAAUACUCCAGGCGACCCAGAGAGCUGAACGGGCUGAGCAUGCCGCCCUGGAGGCCGCAGCAGAAGUGGUGGAGUUCCAGGAGCUGCUGCGCCAGGCGCGCGCCGACCUUGAGCAGGCCAGGGUUGCGGCAGCAGCCCGAGUCGGAGGCGGCGCGCAGGCGGCAGCCCCAGUGGCCGUCGGUGAGGAGUUCUGGGAAGAGAUCGGCAAGCUCACCACCCUGGUCAAGCAGCUGGUCGUCCACACUGACGAGGGGCAGGCAGCGGCUGGGGACAUCCCAGGCGGCGGAGGCAGUGAGGUGGGCCGAGUGCAGGGCAUGCUGGUGGCCCUCAUGCUCCUCCUGCUACCGCUGCAGGCGCCACUUCCGUCCCAGUACCGCACGAGGGAGACGAAGCAA